AUGUCUACGCUAACUCUUCUAAAAGAGGUCCUCUUUCACGCAACCCUCGUCAUUGACUACAUUAGCUACUACAUUAAUUACAUCCUCUGUCUCGUUUUCCAUUACAUUUUCAAUGAGCCCCCUCCUUUCCCAAUCGAAAAACCAACUCCCACAUACCACCCGGCUGUCCUGGUAACUGGCACAUCAACAGGCAUUGGUCAAAAUGCUGCCAUUACUCUCGCACGAAUGGGCUACACUGUAUUUGCGACCGUACGCAAACAAGUUGAUGCUGACGACCUGACUCAUCUUUUCCAACAAUACGUGAAUACAAAUCAAGGAAACCUAAUACCCAUCAUAAUGGAUGUAACCGACAAGGGCGAUAUCCAAAAAGCACAAAACAUUGUCCGCAAUGUACUUGGUCGUGAUAAACCGCUGGUCGGUUUGAUCAACAAUGCAGCUCAAGCGAAACACUUGCAAGCUGAAUUAACGUCUGAUGCAACUUUCAGGGAGAUUUUCGAGACUAAUUUCUUUGCGGUUGCUAAUUUGACCAAGGCUUUCUUGCCCAUGUUGAGAGAGGGCAGAGGAAGAGUUAUUAAUAUUGGCAGCAUUGCUUCGUGGGAAGCGACUAUAUCCAUGGGCGCAUACUCUAGUUCCAAGGCUGCGUUGAGAGCGUUGACCAAGGUUUGGAGAAUGGAGUUGAGAAGAUUAGGCGUGUUUGUGUCGUUGAUUGAGCCCGGUAUGAUAGACACGCGUCUCACUCACGAGACUAACCAGAAUUUCCUCGAUCUCAAUUUAUUCCGAGAGACUCCACGUCACAUCAACCCUGCCGUUAUCGUGCACUACAAGGAGCAAUAUCGUACAGCUGGGAAAUACAGCAACGAAUUCAUUGACACAAUACCUCCGCCUGCAUUGGUCACUGACGCUAUUGUCAAUGCAUUGACUGCCAAAUAUCCUAAAACGACAUAUUACGUUGGAUUGGAUGCGAAGGCACUGGCUAUGAUUAGCUGGUUGCUGGGUGAAAGAGGCACCGAGGCCUUGCAGGGGUUGAUUCUCGGUUUUUAA